ACUGAUUGUUCAGAUGGUGGUUUUGCUCUCUGGAUGACUCAAACCACAAGAAUGUAUUUACUGAAAGUGACGCUGAACUAGAGGGAGGUCGUUUCCCAACGAAUUUCUGCUGCAGACGUGUAGUUUCUCUCACUUUGAGCUGGAGGCCACUGUCAGAGACUCCAGGAAGCAGAAAGUUUUCGUGGUUUUGUUUCUGAACGACGUGUCUCAGGCAUGAAAAGAAAAGCGAUGGAUGAAAGUCACAACUCCGACUAUUACCGAAGGCAGAGUCCGAACCAGAGAGCCGCUGCAGCGACUCCAGAACCGGUGCUCCACCCCUAUAUCCUGGAGGAGAUCUUCCUGAAUCUACCUCCACGACAUGUGGUUCAUCUUUGCCGGUUAGUGUGCUAUCAGUGGAAAGAAGUGGCUGACAGUGAGUCUUUUUGGAGAGAAAGGUGUAGAAGAGAAGGAUAUCACCCUUGUGAUGCUUCUAAAGUACCCAAGGACUGGAGGAUGUUUUACUUCUUGUGCAGAGAGAGAAGAAAUCUUCUCAGGAAUCCAAGAGGAGAACAAGGACUGAAUGGCUGGAGGAUUCUGAAGAAUGGCGGUGACCAGUGGGCAGUUCAUGGACCUAUUAAGCCACAUCCAGAUAAGACAAUCCAGUCAGUCUUUGUGACCUCUUUUGGAAUGUGCACAAAGAUGCAGCUCAUUCAUUUGGAGAAGGAAGGUUACAACCCAUCAUUUAUGGAUGACUUUCAGCCAGACAUCAGAAUAUCUGAGUGGUAUAACCGAUGUAGGGACUGUGGCUGCAUGUAUGACAUCUGCGUAGAGUUGCUGGAUGAAAGGAAGGAACUUAUCCAGAGGUUUGCUCCUGAAACUGUUUACCCUGAUGUUGAUGAAUGGAAACAGGUGACCCAUGUAUUUCAAAACUACGGACCAGGAGUGAGAUACAUCUGUUUUACCCAUGGAGGCCAGGAUACACGAUACUGGAAAGGAUGGUAUGGAAUUCGCAUUACUGAAAGCUGUGUUGAGAUAUGUCCACCAAAGGACACAUUGUGAGCUGUGAUUCAUUUAAUGACUGCUGUCUGCCUUCAUCUGAAGUUACUUACAUAAUCUACAGUUAUUUUGCAUAUUUCUGCAGCUACAACCUCAAAAUUACAUGCAUCGUUUUCUUGAUGAAAUGUAAUUUUCAACAAAAUUUUUUAGUAUGUUAAAUGUGCUGUCAACAACAGUCAGAACUAUUGGAUGUCACACUAGAGCAAAACAACAACAACAACGCCUUCCCUCUCCCUUCACAUUUCAUUCAAGAUUGUGCAAACACAACAAAUCUAGCCACAGCCAUUAGUCCACACCAGCAUUGUAAAAUACAAGGCUGAGCCACAACAUUAAAACCUGAUAAGUAAAGGGGAUCGAUUAAACCUUGGGCCAUGGUAUUUGUGUGGAGAUUACAACAACGUUUAAGUUGUACUUAAACCAAGAUAGCAGUGACCUCUCCCAGCAGGACAAUGAGCCUGGCCACACCUGAGAACCUGAUCAGGUAUAGCUCAAAGAACACAGCAAACAGCCCAAGGUGUUGACCAGCCUCAAAGCUCCCAAGAUUCCAGUCAUCCAUGGGAUGCACUGAUAUGAGCCUAAACCAGGUCUGAGCUGUUUUGAACGAGCCCCCAAACAUGUUACGUCCCGUGAACUAGGGGAUGAGGGGAGUAACAAGUAGUAAGAAUGAAGAUAUACAGAGGCAGGGAAAACUGGGUGCAACCUCAACAGAGGGGAAUUUAUUUUGCUACAAAGGAGAAACAAUAGCUUAACACAAAACAGGCUUCACAAAGCAACACUGCAUGGGCGCUCAACACGCAGCCCCUCAGUAAGUAGACCCUUGGUCUUUAAACAGAAUACGAGGAAACCCCAGCUCCACACUCUGGCAGCUGAUUUGGCUCACUGGCACCGAUGAUCAGGCUUUCCUCCCCAUUUAACCAUCCCGACUGAUGGUAAGGAGCCACAGGUGCACCUAGCCACUCCCACCUGGUGUAACCUAGGAACAGGGAAAAAGAGAAGGGAAACACAAUCCUACUUACACACCACAGAACGUAACAGUGGCACUAAUAUAUCUUGCAUAGCAUUAGGCCGCUAGUUUUAAUGUUGUGCCUUGCCGAUGUACCUUAAAUGACUGUAAUGAUUAGUUUUGAACAUGAUCUGACCUGACUCUCUGACAUAAAGUAUUUGAGAUGAUAGCACAGAGGGAAGAAGGUACAACUGAGCAUUAUGUACAGCCCUUUUGCUUUUACAGUGCAGUGUACGUUCUCUCUGAAAGUCUCUUUAUAAAUGUGGUUAGGGCCAAUAGUUUCAAAGAGAGGGACUCACAUGCACAAACAUGCACCCUUAACCAGACCGGCUGCCAAAGGAUAGAACAGAGAAACUCAGAUUACAACACAUAGAGGGAGUGUGAUUUCAUCCUCUGCUAAGAAUCUUUACCUAACAGGUAGGUGUUUCUUGCUAUAUCAUCGUUUAAAGUCUCCUAUAUAGAACCUUGAAGAAGAAUGGAGUCGAGCAGAGGAUAUAGUGCCAGGGUUCCUGCUAAACAGUGAAGGGGGGAAUUGUGUUGUUGGCACAUUUGCACAUUGGAGGUUGUUCAUAAUGAAGAUGAGUUUGAAAACGGGAACAUGACAAUAGUAAAAGAGAAGGAGAAAACCAUCUGAAAUAUGUGGUUUAUGCCCACAAUCUACAACUAGUGAGUCAAACUAACUAAUAAUAUGCAUCAGACAUAAAUAUUUUGCACCAUUUGCCAGGCUGUUGGCUGUUUGACCAUGCACUUUGAAAUGCUUGACUUCAUUUAAGGUGACGAUAGAUUGUCUAUACAGAUAGGUUUUAGAUUGCAGUGUCAAUCAUGGAAUACAGUGUUGAUGAGACAGCCUUGCAGAACAGACGUUUUGAAAUUACUCUCUGAUAUUUGUGGUAUUCAAGGAAAACUGGAACAAUAACAUAUCAGUGUUGUGCUGUGAUCAUUUCAUGGAGCAAUGCAAUGCAGUAAUGACACCCUGACUUCACUAGAAAUAAUAAAAUACCGCUCCUCUGGAUUACUGCCCUGUGAAUCUUAGCCAAAGAAACAUCAGUGUGUUUAGGUCAGUUUAGUUGUUCACAGAUUGGGACUGCAAAUGCAGUUUAGUUUACUGAGAAUUCCUUAUUUGUCUGUGUUAAUUUGAACUGAGAGCAGACUUGACAGACUCCAUCAGUAAUAAUGAAGAAUACUAGAUGGAUAUAUACAUACAGUAAGUGACUAUUGCUGAAAAACAUACCAUUGAUAGUAUCACAGUUUGAUUUGAUGAAUUAUUGUUAACUUUAAAGGUGCAGGACCAUUGUUUACAAAGUCAGUCUAAAGGGAAAUGUUCUUUACAUUGCUGCUUUGUACUGCUCUGUGAAAUGAGAUGCAAAUCUGUUUAUGUUUUAGAAUCUUUUAAAUCGAAAAUUGUUCGUCUUUUGUAUUGCCUUCCAUUUGCUCUAGAAAUGUAUACAGUAUUUUCAAAGCUUUCUAAUGUUUUGUCCAAAGGAGAACUUUGAUGUCAGACUGAAUUAAAGUGAAAUAUUUCAAGA